UUGCUUGAUUGGGUAGAAACAAAGUGCUGAAAAGAUCCAGGUGGAAACUGUCGCUGUAGCAGGGAGGAGAAAAUGGCGCUCAAGUUGUUUUUUGUGUUGAUUUGCUCCGUGGUAUCCGUGGCUUGGUGUGCUACUAGUAACAGUACCAGUAACGCCACCGUCCAUGUGUGGCGCGGUUUGGAGCAGUGUGCGUACACAAUCGCCAUCCCGAAAACUGACCCGGAAGUGUGCCCAGGAGGAAGAGAUACAGUCGUCUUCUUACAGGACUUGAAGGCCACUGUUGAUGACUUGUCCUUAAAGCUGGAAAACGUGAAGGCGAAGCUUGGGUCUUUAGAGCAGACAAUAAAGGACGACCAACUCAACGUCUUUUCCACCCUCACCAAAGUUCUCAUGCAGGAACAAGAAAGAAGGCAACAGAUUCAACUGCUUAAAGAAGAAGUCGAGUCCUUGAAACAGUCCUCAACAACAAGCGUGGUUGAACCUAAAUCAGAACAGGUGAUUCGUCCAACGUUGCCAACGACGGAUACAGAACGUAUCGUUCCUUCGAUGUUUUCUACGACUGAGGGUACAGGUGAAGAGGAACUACCACCUACCAAUCCCCCAUGGCUAAAUGAUGAGUUAACUGAAAGACCUGUGACCGAAGCAUUUGUGACGGAUAUCUGGUGGACCGAGUACAACUUCACUUACGAGGAUAACUGGAAUGCCUGUCACGGUAAACAGUACGUCAAGCUGAACAACCACUGGAACAUAGGAAAAUAUGUUGGGGUUGUGCUUUGCUCUCCUACGAGGUAUAAAAUCUUCUUGAGUGAGAAACUGGGAGACAUGUUUAGGAACAUAGCAGAUCUAUAUGGCGCUGGGGAAGAUCACUGCCAGUUUCUUGGUGCUUACGAUGAUGCGACGGAUAUAGACCAUGAUGUCUGGGACAGCCCCAGUACUGAAGGUUAUUACCGUGGUGACUACGGUGAAGAUCUCCAGUACGGCCGUAUAGGUGGUCAGGGCGACGACUGGACAGGCCGUAAAUAUCCUAAAUGGUAUGAAUGUGGAGUAUCCAUCCCGUAAGGGGUCGAUUGAACACAUCAGAUUGUGCUGGCCAUAUGUUUAAUUAGCAUUCAGAAGUAAAAAGUAAGACGAACAAAUUCAAAGUAACUAUAAAAAUGCAUUCGCAACUUCCCAUCUUUAUUUGCAAAAAGGCUCGUUGGUCUCUUUAGCAGUUUUGGUGACAUUUGUGUAAAGGUAAAAUAUACGCUUCUGAUUUGGACAAUAUCCCUUUAUUGUAUCAGAUAUAUUCUGCAUACAUAUUUUAGACCUUCUGCAUAAGCAUCAGCCAUUUGAUUUUAGCAUUCCAUAAUUACGUAACAGUUUAGUAGUCAUAUACGCUACCGAAUAUGUGUAAAAUAAUAAUUUUCAGGGGAUAUCUGUUCCUUUUGAUUUACUACCUGGAUUUCUAAGUAAAUCACAUUGUCAGUUGUAGUGUCACCCUGGGUUACAACCUACGUCAUAGAAAUAGCGGCAGCCAACCAGCGAGCCGUUUCAUGUGGAUGACGUGGGUUACACUUCAUUUUCAUAAAAACAUUUAUUGUUCACAAAUACACUCAAAUGUUCAUAUGUUAACAUUAUCAAUAUGCUGCAAUUACACAAGUAAUUGAUAGAGGCCACAACAAUGUUAUAGGACAGACAACAAAGGUCCAACUUGAGUAAUCGUUUUAUUUCUUGCCCAUGUAGCAAACCACUUGUGUAUGUGAUUACAAUAUCCUAUGUGAGGCAUGCCUCAUGCAGUGAAUUCUCUUAACAGAUGUGAUUUAACACCUCCACAUUUAAGUGCUGCCCCCUAGCGGAUUGCUUGAAAUGUACAAUGUUUCUAGAGCGCUUAUACGUAAGACUGUAAACAGUAUCAUAAGACACCUUGUAGCUUAUGAAAGAAGACCUCAAAUCUU